AUGGCAACUCCAACUUCCUCGCGCGCGCCCUCCGAUGCUGUGCCUUCCAUCAUCCCCGAUCAAACCCUCAACGCUCGUCGUACCUCGCUCGGUUUUCUUCGUCGCUCCAAAUCCACCGAACCAUUGGGAGAACAACGCAAAGCAUCCGCUAGUCGCAAGAAGAUGACAAAGUCCCAAAUGAUGGAGGAGGAAAUGCGCCGUCAGCGGGAGUCCUACGCCCCCAAAAUCGCCCCUCGUUUGCCGGAUUUCUCCCCCACCCCGCAGCUGGAGACCUUUGGAGGUGAAGAACGUGAUUCCCUGAAGGUUCAACCUACUUCGCCUCGUCCUAACUCUGGUUUUGCUGUUCCCACCGCUCCACCCCCGCCUACCGAAGCUAUGGAUCCGUACGCUCGAACCGAAAGCAUGACCCAUAGAGGCCGUUACAGCUAUGCUAGUAGUGCUGUCAGUACCGUCAACAGCCCGCGUCGAGUCCGACGUCGCAAGGAUCCCACUUCUUAUAAUAUCUUGGUGGUUGGCGCGCGCAACUCCGGCAAGACCGAGUUCCUGAACUUCCUCCGCAAGUCACUCGCCAUGCCAGCGCAUAAGCACCCCACGCGAAAUGCCGACGAACUGGAGGAGCUAGAGCGCCAAACCUCCACCUACGAGGGCUUCACGUCGCAGUAUCUCGAAACCGAAUUCGAUGGCGAACGUGUCGGCCUGACCCUGUGGGAUUCCAACGGCCUCGAGCGCAGCAUCGUCGACAUCCAGAUGCGCGCCGUGACCGGUUUCUUGGAGAGCAAGUUUGAAGAGACUCUCGCAGAAGAAAUGAAGGUGGUGCGCUCCCCGGGAGCUCGCGACACCCACAUCCACUGCACCUUCUUGCUGCUGGAUCCCGUUCGCCUCGACGAGAACAUCGCUGCCGCCGAACGUUUCGCCAACGGUACCCCCAAGGCCACCGACACCCCCGUACUAGGUGUCUUGGAUCAGAACCUGGAUCUGCAGGUGCUGCGCACCAUUCUGGGCAAGACCACCAUUGUGCCGGUCAUCAGUAAGGCGGACACCAUUACGUCCGCCCACAUGGGUUUCCUGCGCAAGGCCGUCUGGAACAGCCUCAAGAAGGCCAAUAUUGACCCGCUAGAGAUCUUGACUCUAGAGGACCAGGAAGAAUAUACUUCCUCAGAGAGCGCCGACGAGGAGUCCAUAAAUGAGACUGAUGCCCCCGAACACGAAGCCGAAACCGAUUCCGCAGAACCCUCCGAGACCAAGGGCGAGCUGACUCGCACACCGUCCACGCGCAGCCAGAGCACCCAGAAGUCUGUCGCAUCAUUGGGUCCUGCCAAUCCCCACGUGCCAUUCUCCAUCCUUUCCCCGGACCCACACUCUCUGGCAUCUGGGGAAGAACCGGUCGGUCGCCGAUUCCCUUGGGGUUUCGCCGACCCUUACAACCCCGAACAUUGCGACUUUGUCCGACUGAAGGACUCCGUGUUUACGGAGUGGCGCUCCGAGCUACGUGAAGCUAGUCGUGUGAUUUGGUACGAGCGCUGGAGAACUAACCGUCUCAACCGUAACGGCCAGCCCGUAUCUUUGCCUUCCAAGUCUUACGGCGGUCGCAAGGGACCCGGUCUUCAUGAUGGUCGUCGUACACGUUAA